GAAAGAAGCAGAAAGCAGCAGGACGAACGCAGCAUGGAGCAAAAGCUGGACCGCAUCGUGACUCUGUUCACAGAUGCGAUGAAGGAGCUCAGGAGUGAAAUCAGAGAGGAAAAGGUUGCCUUUUCUGCAUCACUGUUGGCCUCUGGAGAGGGACACACUGGACCCAUGAACCCUGUGCCGUCACCACUGAUCUACAAAAAAGUCUCCAGCAACUAUGGAAACGGCUACGACUCAAAUACAGGGAUUUUCACUGCUCCGAUUAAAGGAGUUUACUUUUUCAGGUUUUACGCUCACUGUCAGGGUGGCAGGAAAAUGGCUGUCAGCCUGUACAAAAACGAUCAGAAGCAGUGCUCUGUGUAUUCCGAGAAGAAUGAGCACAACGACAACGCCAGCAACGGGACUGUCCUCACUCUGGAGAAGGGAGAUCAGAUCUACACCAAGCUCUGGGAGGACAGCUGGGUGUUCGAUGAUCCAGCUGGCUACACAAGUUUCAGUGGAUUUUUGCUUUUCUCUCUUUAAAUGUAAACCUGAAAUUCUGAAACGUCAUAGAUUCUGCAUUUACAUUAUAUUAUAAUUUGUGCAUGUGGGUCUUAUGGCAGGAUUUAAAAAGUAUUUCUCAGAACCUGGUAAUAAAGUCUCAUAUACUAUCUAAAAAUCA